ACACACACACACAUGUAUAUAUGACUCUGGUCCAACGACUCUCAGCGCUGCCUCGUUGUCAUAGCGACGGAAAAACUCAACACGGAGACUUUAAGGAGAGUUUACCGGAUCAUAACCGAAUAAUUUCAGGAGGCUUUACCGGAUAAUUACCGAAUAAUUUAAAGAGAGUUUACCGGAUAAUUUCAGGAGAGUUUACCGGAUAAUUACAGGAGGCUUUACCGGAGCUCAAGAGUUAACGGGUCCAGUAAAAGAAGAGGCCGAGGCGAUAACAUGAGCGACCGGAGACCAGGUCCCGGUGGACCGGUGUACCGGCAGCUGUUCGACGCUCAGGUUCUACUGUCCAGGUCUCUGCUGGCUGGGCGCAGGGACACCAGGACAAGAUGUCUGUCCUCAGAGGACAACACAGCCUGCAGCACCAGCAGUGACUUGUCCUCCAGGAGACCGGGAGACCACGGUGAUGAUCGUGAUAUUGAAGAUGAUGACGUCAGCAGACUUCCUGAUUCCGUUGUGGCGGAUCAGCUGAGCUCUGACGUCAUCAAACGUCUGCACGAAAAAAAACAUCAAAAACACGAAGAGACUCUGAAACAGCUGGAAGCACAAUUGGGACACCUGUCUCAGGUGUGUGAGACUCAGGUGAGGACACUCAGUCAGGAGCUGCUGUCCUCUCUGCAGGAAGUGGACAUAAGGUUAGACAAACUGAAGAUCAGAAUGGACAACCUGGAACAUGUCAGUCAGCAGGAUGGGCGUGGCAUCUGGGAGGAGGUGCAGGAGGAGGUGAAGCUGAAGAAGAUCAAAGUGAUGGAGCUGAACAUUAAACUGACAGAAUGUGAACGACAACGAAGAGACGAGAUCAGAGCUGCUCUCAGGAUGAAUCUCCACCUCCUGGAGGAGAUCAACCUCCUUCCUCCUCCUGACGUCCACAGACUGAUCCACACAGAGGCCACGUUGUUGAACCAGUCUCUGUUGGCAAAUCAUCGCAGCACCGUUCGUCUCCUGCUGCUCCUUCAGGAGGACAUCCUGCAGCAGGAGUCACUCCUCCGUCGUCUCUGGGAGGACGGUCUGAGCCGGUGGAGGAGGAGCAGGGUCAGCCACAUCUUAGACCGGUUCAGGUGUGUGUGCGCAGGGGACCAGGAUCAGCUGAUCUCAGGUCAGAUUCCAGCUGAUCUGAAUGAACAACGACGUGACCUCAUCUACAACAUCUGCAAUCUAGCCCCGCCCACCUGCUCAACCACCCUGGUCUCUGAUUGGUUUGACCAGCUGACAGCUGUCAAUCAACGGAUCGACUCCGCCCACUCUGUCCUCAUCCACUGUCUCCGUUGUCGUUAUGAGGAGACAUGGAGGGAUCGGCUGGUGGAGGUGCAGAGUGCUCAGGAGGCGCUGUCUGCUCUGCAGCUCUCAGAGGAGGAGGUGAAGGAGGUGGUGGUCUCUCAGCUCCUCCCACUGAUUGGACGACACCAGAGUCAGGAUGAAGAGCGAUUGGCUGCUGUAGAUGUGUCCUGUGAUGCUGUGGCCCGUCUCUCUGUCCACUUCAGCAGGUGUGCGUUUGUUGUGAUGCGAGCGGCAGCGUUGCUAUGGGAGACGCAUGUCCUCAGGUUAAAGAGGAGAGAGGAGGACGUCCAGCGGUGCGUGGACGACCUGAGACGCUCCCAGCAACAGCAGCUCCAGAGGAAGAAGCUGCGCGUGGACGAGCUGCUGGGAGGACUCCGUCAGGAGAGCAGCGAGGACGCCCUGAGGACGUCUCUUGACAAGACCACCCGCUACCUGCAGGACAUCAAGGACAGCUGCAGACAUUGUGUCUCCGCUCAGUGUCAGCUGUUGGACCGUCUCCCGUCUGUCUUCAUGGAGGAGCUCGUGUCCUACAGCAGCAGACUCAGCUCCUUCUUCCACGUCGUCCCUGUCUACAGACCGAGUCCAGAAGAACAGAACCUGCCCCUGUCCUCUGGUCUGGACCACGGUGGGUCUGGUUGUGUAGAGGACAGUGGGGAACAGAGGACAGGGGAAGACUCCGCCCACCCUUCUCAGGAUUGGUUGACUGAGGCUGAGACAUCUCUGCUGCAGUUCUGUGACCUCAGUAGCUCCGUGUCCUUCACCUCGUCAGGGGGUGUGGCCUACACCGGCCCCGCCUUCAGAUGCUCCGCCCCCGACCUGCAGGACCCUCAUCAGGAAGUAAACCUGAGUCCGUUUCCUGUGGAGCUGCUCACACACACCCUGGCCAGGACCAGGACCCUGUUCUUCGACCACCUGGAGCAGCACUUCCAAGGCGUCCUGGUCUCGGCCGUUGCCACGGUGAUGGACAGGAAGGAGGCAGUGCGUCUGGAGCAGGAAGUCCAGCUGCAGCAGCUGAACCCGGACCACGUCCAGACCCACGUCUACCGGCCCCGCCUGGCUGAGCUCCGGCUCCACCAGCAGCAGGUGGCGCUGCACUGUGAGGACGUCCAGGACGUCCUGGACUCCUGCAGGGACGAGGUGCAGCGGCUCCAGGACUCCAUGACCAGGAGGAACCAGGACUUCAGCUCCAUGCUGUCCCACAUGGAGGACGAAGCCAGGGCCGUCCACAACAGCCAGGGUCUGGAGGACCUUAGGUCCGUCCUCCAGGACCAUCUCGACCUUCACAUCAAAGAGACCCAGCGAAGUCAGACCAGCUUGAGACGGACGAUUCUGACCCGGCUGGAGGGCACACGGACCAGGACCACCCAACUACUGGACUCAUUCAGGUUGUUCAGUGAAGGAGGAGACUUCUGUCCUCAGGAGGUGAGGACGUUUCAGAGGACACUGAAGGACAAGACCAAACAGAUCAGUGGGACAGAGGAGUCCGUCCUCUCUGAGAUGGACACGUUUGAGUCCCGGAGUUUACAGCAGGUGACGGAGACAUCGAGUCGUUUCCAGGAGAAACUUUUCUUUCUUCAGUCGGAGCUGAAGUUUAUAGAAAAGACUCAGAGACUGAUGAAGACGACGAGGACACAGAUCCAGGGACAGGUUGCCAGUAGUAACCAGGAUCAGUCUCUGAUCAGUUCCAGGCUGUUUGACCUGAGGAAGAUGAUGGAGGACACACAGGUGUCUCCAGACCAUGUUUGUUGUGUCCUGUCCUCAGUCCAUGAAGACCUCAGGAAACGCUGUCAGUACCUGGACCUUCAACGGGAGAGUCUUCACCUGUGUCCUCAUCCUCAGUCCACGAAGCAGCGGGGACCAGCACCUCAUCCAGGCGUCCUGCAGCCAAGUAGGACAGGUGUGGACCUGCUAGAGGACCCAGUGAUGGACGUCAUAAGGUCUUUGAACAGGGCAGGUUUGGUCCAGACGUCUGACAGUGUCCACAGAGACAACUCAGGUCGGAGUCUCCUGGUCUCCGAGUCUGUCUCUGCUCCCAGUGUGAGGAGGUCCUGCAGGUCUGGUCGGACCAACAAGAGGUUCCAGAUGUUUGGACCCAAACCAGAACCAAGUCCACACUCCUUCAGCUCCACCAUCAACACUAUCCUGUGGAGAGCCAGCGAAGUCCUCCUCCUGGUUGCCGAGGACUUCUACCACAGCGAGCGUCUCAGCAGGUUCCAGCUAAUUCCUGAUUCUCUGGACCAAUGGGCUGAGAGCACACAGCAAAGGCUUCUGGGAUAUCAGGGCCAGACCCAGAGGCUACUGAGCACGAGCAGAGAAGAGGUGGUGAAGCAGCUGUCUGUCUUUGAGCAGCUGUUACAUUCGUCUCCAGCUGUUUUGAUCAGUAACCAUGAGCAACAGCACAGGGCGUGGCUUACAGAUGAAGUGGGCGGAGUCCGAGAGAAGCUGGAGGAGAAGAUGGCGGCCAGCGAGAAAGAGAAGGGUGUGAACGUCCGUCAGCUUCGAGCGUCCCUCACAGACGACGAACUCCAGAUGUUGAACAGCAGAGAGGAGCUGAGACAGCAGCAGCUGCACAGACACAUCUGCUGCACACACCUGGAGCUGCAGGAGCGUCUGAGGGUCAGAGGGGCGGAGUUUAUGACGACGUUGACGUCUCUGACAAAGACACUGCUCCAUCAGCUGGAUGCCACAGCAGAAACGGAGACCGCGGUGAGACCGGAGCCCUUAGAGGACAGCGCCGUUACCAUGCAGGCUGUUACCAUAGCAACAGCAUCCAUCACCUCGGCCAAAUGCAUCCUGGGAAAUCGGGAAGUUACUGAACUGAGAGACGCUGCUGCAGAGAGGUUCGAUCAGCUGAUCAGGUUGGAGUUGUUGCGUUCAGACGACGACAAACGAAGACAACUGAGUGAACAACAGAGCUGGAACACACACUGGAGACAACAGACACACACACGCCUGGAGGCUCACGGCAGCACCUGAUUG